AUGCGGUUAUCAAUACUUUCUGUUUGGGGUUUUUUACUAUUAAUCUCGGUUAACCUUAUAUGUAUAUCGAGUGCCUCAACGGACUAUUACUCGAUACUUGGUGUGUCUCGAUCCGCGACUACAAAAGAAAUCAAAAAACGAUAUAAGGUGCUAGCAAAGAAAUAUCACCCGGAUAAAAAUCCUGAUGAUAAAGAGGUUGAAGAGAAGUUUGUGAAAAUAUCUCAUGCAUAUGAAGUUUUGGUAGACGAUGAAAAGCGCGAUAUAUAUGAUCGAUACGGUGAAGAAGGAUUGAAAGGGGAAAACCAGCCAUUCCAUAAUCCAUUUGAUAUAUUCGCACAGUUUUUUGGUGGUUCAGGACAUUUUGGUCACCAAAAGACUGAACGGAGAGGGCCAAAUAUGGCAGUAGAUCUGGAAGUCGAUCUUAAAGAAUUAUAUCUGGGCACGAAAUUUGAUGUCGACGUGUCAAAACAAGUUAUCUGUGAACAUUGUGGCGGGUCGGGCGCAAAAAACCCAGAUGACGUUGUUAAAUGUAGCGCGUGUGAUGGUCGUGGUGCGAAGUAUGUAAAACAAGUUAUGGGCUCGAAUAUAUUUCAGAUACAAACUACAUGUGAUGUAUGUGGUGGUAAAGGUAAAAUCGUGAAAACAAAAUGUCCGCAUUGUCAAGGGAAAAAAGUCCGAAGAGGAAGCGAACAAUUGACAGUGAAUAUUGAAAAGGGAAUGGCAGAAGGAGAACAAAUUAUAUUCGAGAAAGAAGGAGAUGAAUCACCCGAUAUAAUACCAGGAAAUAUUGUAUUAACUUUAAAAACAAUACCGCAUCCGGCAUUUACGCGGAAGGGAGAUAAUUUGUAUACUAAAGAAACCGUUACAUUAUUAGAGGCGUUAACAGGAUUCGAAAUAAAUAUUACACAUCUCGAUGACCGAACUGUCACAAUACGGCGAGAUAAAGUGACAUCACCCGGGUUCGUCGAGGUGAUUACCGGGGAAGGAAUGCCGCGGCACAAGUCAAAAAAUCAGUAUGGAAAUUUGUAUGUCGAGUUUACGGUGUCGUUUCCUACGUUUUUGGAUGAGGAGGUUAAAACGGGGUUAAAAAAAUUAUUUUUAAAACAAGAUACGGCGUCUACAGAUACGGGGUCUACAGAUGCGGGAAGGCAUUACGAACUAUAA